AUGCGAUCUUUUGUAAAGAACGAUGUGGCGGAAAAGAUGGCACUUUGCCAUUAUCUGAUCGAAAGUUUAGCCUCUACCCUUGUCAUGUUUGGUAAGUUUUGCAGAAGCAGCAAAUUGGGAUCCUCCUUAAUUCCACAUAGAACAGUUGGGAGAGUGUAUCUUCUGAGAGCGGAAAAAAGAUUUCGUCGAAAGUGGAGUUUUCAAAAUCAUGUUUUUGAUUUCCAACAACUUCGACUGAACCAAUUUCUCAACCGUCAGAACAACUUAAUUUACAUGGGAAAGUAUGGGAAAUCCCUUGAUGAGUGA